AUGGAACAGCAUCAGCAGCGAGACGAAGUCGAAUGGCCGUCAGAAUACUCGGAUACAGAGCGUGCGGCGCUAGAGCGAUACCUGGACCAUGUCAGAGACCAACAGAAACGCGAUUUGGAAGCACUCCAGAAGCAGAGGCCCUGGUAUGACAGGAACAUUCAACAUGGACACCGCACGGAGACAGAACGCUAUCCAUAUGACAGAGUUGAAAGCAACCGUGACACAGCGUUGCGCAUCAUAAAUUCUACCAGUGAGGCGCCGUUGAUCAUAGAGGAAGAUGUUCAAGAGGCAGUACUUGCUCCGAGGCACCCAAUCGAGAAAAUGAGUCCUCGCCAGACCGAUGACAACUCUAUUCCAUUCAAUCCUACUGGUGAAGCAUCGGAAGUGGGACAAGAAUGUCGAGCACUACCACCAGAAGUGCCGAAUCAACCAUACAACUUGAUCCUUGACGUAGCUAACGCCGAAGAAAGCCGUGCCUCUGCAGCUGGAGUAGAGGCAUAUUCCGAUUCUGCGCCAACCGAGAGCGACACAUCUCCAGUAAGCUCGAUCUUUGAUGGUUCACCAGAGUCGAUCCCCGACCAGUCGACUCGGCCAACAACACACGAUUUGAGUGGGCUCGUUGCUCGAAAGCGUCAACAUUCUGUGCUUCCCAAUGCAUCGUACGCUGACAGCAUCCAAUCUGAUGGCUGUGUUCUCGGCCUCGAUGCCACGGCGAAAGGCAAGCUGUCCUCCGAGCUAGCUAGCAUGAUUUUCGCGGAGAUGGGAGUAGAAGUCGUUCCUGACGACUUGACACAUUCUGUCGCAGGCCUGCUGUACGACUGCGCAGCCGUCCUACAACGCAGAGUCGAUCGCAACGACAUAGGCCACCAAGUUGCCAUCUUCAUGCGGCAUCGCCGUAACAUGAUCGCAAGAGAACUCAUCGCAGAGCAGCCCAUUGAUCGACCUCCCGGUCCUGCUAUGGGUCUUCUUGACAAGAUUGCGUUAUUGAUGUCAAAAGAAGGAUUUCAGGGACCACCCGAUGACACUGAUCACUCCAAUAUCCAAGACCUGACCGACGAAGACGAAAUAGAGCAGCCAGACAUUCAAGAGGCAAGAUCAUUUCUCAUUGGUAGCGCGGAGUUCACGUGGCUUCUGGUCCGGCUCAAGGCGCUUUGUCAACUUGAGAUGACGGGGGAGACAUACACCUCAGUCCGCCAGACUAUCUGUCGUUCGCUUGAAAGUGGUCGCCGCGGCUAUUCAUUUUCGCUCAAUUGGUGUCCGCUUGCGUUCAUGACAUCUCAAUAUCCAGCUGGAACGAGACUGUCCCAAGUCAUCUGCGUGAAUGGUAACGUUACACGCGCACAAGCUACAACCUGCGAACAAUAUGUGACCCAGACUUGGCCAGAUGUCGGUCCAGCUGUUCUGGAGCAUCUCGACAAAUAUAUCGAGAGUGAAACUUCCUCGCUGGACACUGGUUCAGCACAGCAAAAUUUUGAGCUGCACAUCAAGCGGUUGCCGAAUGACUCAACGUGCAUCAGAGUAGUCGCAGAUCCAAAUAUCGUGCUUGAGAUCGGGGAAGUACUUGCCUGGCUUGUCGUUGCUUGCCGCGCAGGUGAUCUCAGGGAAGCUGCUGCGCCGACUUCUGUACUCUCCAGCCCACGAGUGUCGAGUUCACUGAACGGAAACUUUGAAAUUUCAUGGACCUCGGACCCCCUGGCACAAUCUUCGUAUCUCUCCGAGGAAACAUGCUGGCACGACUUAUUGAACAGCUGUUCGAUUGCUCAGGGGUAUCCAAUUCCACGCCGAACACACAAUGAACCAGGAUUAGAAUUAUCUCUCGGUCUUAUGUCAAUGCUAGGUGCUGUAAGCAGAGCUGUACUGUUUGACAGUGUCCUUCUUCUUAAAGGUUUGUGCUCGAUGUUUGUUCCACUCCAAAAGGUUGGGGCCUCUGUGGUUUGGCAUUAUCUUGUGCAUCGCGACGAGUACGGCAACUUCUCCGACUGGAUGCCACACUACGAAGCGAGCCACGGCCGGGAGCCUUUGCGAUCUCUCGACUUCUCUGAUCUGGUUGAUUGCCCGCAGUACGUUGGGUGGAGUCGGGAGACAAAGAUGGUUGCCGGCAGCAAAGAUGCACGUUAUGACGGAGUCGAUUUUGGUGGAAGGCCCAUUAAACCUGGAUUUGCUCUAGACGGUGUCAGUAUUAGCAUUUCCAAGGUGUUGUCUGUGGGCACCAAAGCUGUAGCCGGCAAGAAAGACACGCCCAUGUUCCAAUGCGCGAGCGGACCCUACGAGCAGACCAUCAACAUCACUGCGAAGUGGACCGCACUCAUGUACGACACAGCUGAACGUCGCGGCUGGCUAUUGGACGGUGCCACAGCGCUGCUGCACAUGUGCAGGGCGGCAAUGACGCAUCCAGACGCCCCAGAGAUCGGCCGUGGCCUGCCGAAGUCUCCCGUGGACUCCUUCACUUAUGCUGGCGCCAAUACUGAUGCAAAGGAUAUCCUGCUUGACAAGCAGAACAGGGAGCUCAUCAUCUACGAUGACAAAGAGAAGCCGUGGACGUUCGAAGACCUUGUCCUGCAGCAUUGGGGUACCUUCGAAGAGAUGAAGUCUCAUCACUUCAAGCUCAGAGCUGGAGAGACCAAGCAGUGGGAGGUCUCGAACCCACUGUCUCGGAGACUUGAAGGCUUCGGCUUCGUCGACAUCCUUACAAGAGAGCCCUGCAUGCCUCGCUAUCAUUCGCUGUCAGGCCAGGCAUCGCGAUGGCUCCAGUUCACUACACAGUGCGGCGCCAUCAACAUCCUGGGCUCCCGCUUCGGUAAUCUAAUCGCGCCUCUGACAAGUUGCAAGAAGACGCUGGAAGCAUUGCCAUGUGGCCACGACCUUAUUGCAGCACCUGUUGGCCUCCUCCACCGCAUUGCCAGACGCAUUGGACUGGUGUCUGCUUCAUCCAUCGAGCUGUGCGAUGGCGUGUAUUGGAACGAUCCAUCGAGGUCUUUCGCAUCCGACCCAUGCCAGUGCAUUGAGAGUCCUCAGAAAGAUUUAAUGUGGCUUUGCGGGGGUGGAAUCACGAGUCUGGAAGGUCGAGCAGGAGUUAACAACUGCAAGCGAAGACGGCUCGUAGAGAUGAUUUGCGACUACUCCAGAGGUGCCAUCAUCUUAGGAGGGCGGUCCUCGCGAUUUGACGAUCGACUCGGUGUAGAAAGCUCUGAAGCUCAAGUCCCAGUCUCGCCGCAGUCAGGGAAGAGGAGAGCUGUCGACGAGGGCUACAGCUCCAGUAGAUCCUAG